GAGGGGCUGAAUGGCCUACUGCUGCAUCUUUGUUUCUAAAGGAGAGAGUGGGGCCUGGAUACCUGUUGUAGCUAUUUGUCCCAACUCCCCACAGUAACAUGUUCUGACGCAGUUUGUUUUGACCCCCACAGGUCGGAGGAUGAAGGAGGAGAUCGGAGCCGGUGUGAUCUUUCUGGUCAGCUUGGUGACCCGGCGAAGCGGACUCGGCCAGGAGAAGGUCAAGGAGUUUGGCGAGAAACUCACUGCUGUCCUUCACCAAAGAUACCAGGGCCACUGGUAUCCGACCAACCCCAGCAAGGGCCAAGCAUACAGAUGCAUUCGGAUUAACAGGAAACAGAAAACCGACCCGUCACUGCUGCUUGCUUGUCAAGACUGUGGCCUGGAGUAUAACCAGUUGAGACUCCCCAAGGAGAUCACUUUGUGGAUCGACCCCAGCGAGGUGUGGUGCAGGUCUGGAGAGAGCAGCCAGCCGUUCACCGUGGCUCAGUUUAAACAGGAAUCCAGGAGAGUGUCCUCGUUAGACUCGGAGCAUGAAGCCGAAAGUUCCGAGUGCAGUACGUCCGACUACCAUUCCGACACUUCAUCCGAUGAUGAGGAACGCAUCAAAGACCAACCGGCCAAUACAACACCGGCAAGAACGACAGAGGCUAGCAUCAAGGUGCCUGGAGGUUUACACCAGUCUGCUGCAGUGUGGCCCCACUAUCCUCACAAGGUGGUACAGUAUGCCACCUUCUACCAGCCCGUGCCCCUGGUCAGCUACUACCUGAUGCCAAGGCUGGACAAAGUCCUGAGACCUCCCCCUGGCUUCCUCCUGUUUCGGGGACAGUCACAACGCUCGAAGAUUAGCAAACGGUACAAAUGACAAGGAUCCAGUCUGGAGAAGGUUGGGGGGGGGGGAGAGAGAGAGAGAGAGAGAGAGGCGCAGAGAUCAAGUAUAUCAACUAGAUUCUACUAUGAGGCUGCUAUGCUUGACGGCAUUGUGUCAGGUCAUACAGGCAGGUCUGUGUGUAUGUGUCUCAGUGUGUGAGUGAGAGAGUGAGUGAGUGUGUGUGUGUGUGUGAGAGAGAGAGAGAGAGAUACACACACUGCCUGCAUAUAUGAGUAUGAAGUUUACACUACUGCUCCUGUGGGGCUGUGUAUAUUUUCUCUGGCAUGGAGACAGUCUCUGUCAUAAAUCCAGAAGCUCAGGUAUCUCACUAAAUACGGGGUGUCUCUGUUCAUGUGUACCUGUUGAAUUUAAUGUCCCUUUGGGCUUGUGAAAUAUGUCAUUUCGGUACUUUUCCUGACCACUGUCAGCUCACUCAUGUUGAAAUUUGAGCCCCACUCGCAUACAAAGAAAUUUAAAAUAUGAUGCCUCCCAUUGCCAAAUAGUCCAUCAGGGUCCACUGAGCACCAGGGGGCACCUGUGCAUUAGGGCCAAAGUCCGUGGGUCAGAAACUGGCAAUGAAAGAACGUGUUCUGCAAUAUCUGUUUGGCAAUUUUAAAUUUAAAAUAUCAGAAUUUUUUUUUAGAAGUUGGAUUUGGAGAAGUAUAUUCUCAGGGUGGGGGGAGUUGGUGAGGUGUUGAGGAAUAAAGUCUGGACUCUCUGGGAUUUUUUUUUAAAGCUGGUGUUCCCCCUCAAUGUGUAAAUGGUUAUUUGUGUCUCUCUCUUCCAGGGUGGGUAAGGGACUCCCUCCUUAACCCCAUCCCCAGCUGAAGAGAUUCUCCUGACUUUUUUGACUAAUCCCCUGAACACGUCAACUGCUGCUUCUGUCCCAGGGAUACAAGCUCCCCAGGGGUUGGGGAUGUGGAAUGGGGAGGGGGAGUGGACACCCCUGACAAAGACCCAUUUUCCACACCCCCAACCCCCCUCUUUGGCUCUCCAAACCUUUAUAAAAAUCAGAAUAAUGAUGCAGACUCGCACAGUGUUACUCUUCCCAAUUUGUGAAUGGGAGGGUUUUUAUAGUAAAAAUUAUAUUUAUUGACUACAUUCGUGUUCCCAAUUGUAAAUUGAAUAAAUAAUUACCGGUUUGCUUUCA